UGUCAGAGCGCGCGGUAUAAAUGCUCCGGUGACUGAAAGGGCGCGUGAAAGGAGCACUGCGCACGCGACGCACCGGCGGCUGCAGGACAAUCCCACAAACGUCCAGGUCUCUCCUGCUUUUGUGCGCUUCCCUGAAUUAUGAGCUCGCUCAGCCUUUUGUCUGGAUUUAAUCCGGUCUAAGUCGCACUUUCGCGCUCUCUCGCGCUCUCCUCCCCGUCUCUCAACUCUCAGCCCGUUCUCUGGUCAUGGGGUGUCUAAAGUGUUUUUUGCCCGGGCAGGAGAGCUGCUCUGCCGUGCUGUGAGACGGAUACUCGGUGGAUCUAUGUUCCUCAAGACGAGCACGAGCGCAGACCGGUGCAGGGACAUUAGAGGAAGUUUGAGCUCCAGGAGGAUGCAGGCUACGCGCUGGUGCGCCGUCCUUCUGCUGGUGUCGGCCGCCGACCUGGUAGCGGGGGCGCAUGCCUCCAUGCCCGUGGGGAAGUCUGAGGUGCUGAAGGCGGGCAGCAGUCCUAAGUCCACCCUCAAGCACAUCUGGAUGGGUGCUGGUGGGGGCGGUGGGGGGAAGGACCUGUCCAUCAGUCGGCUGCUGGCCCAGACGCUCCAGGGCAAGCAGAACGCCACGGCGCUGGACCUGCGCUAUGACACGCCCGAGCCCUACUCCGAGCAGGACCUGUGGGACUGGCUACGCAACUCCACCGACCUGGCGGAUUCGCGAUCCCGCGCCAAGCGCCGACCGAUGGUCAAGACCGGCAAGUUCAAGAAGAUGUUCGGUUGGGGAGACUUCCACUCCAACAUCAAGACGGUCAAGCUGAACCUGCUCAUCACCGGCAAGAUCGUCGACCAUGGCAACGGCACGUUCAGCGUCUACUUCCGCCACAACGCCACGGGCCAGGGCAACGUGUCCGUCAGCCUGGUCCCGCCCACCAAGAUCGUGGAGUUCGACCUGUCGGCGCAGCAGUCGGUCAUCGACGCCAAGGACUCCAAGUCCUUCAACUGCCGCAUCGAGUACGAGAAGGUGGAGAAGGGCUCGAAGAACACGCUGUGCAACUUCGACCCAUCCAAGACGUGCUACCAGGAGCAGACGCAGAGCCACGUGUCCUGGCUGUGCUCCAAGCCCUUCAAGGUCAUCUGCAUCUUCAUCUCCUUCUACAGCACCGACUACAAGCUGGUGCAGAAGGUCUGCCCCGACUACAACUACCACAGCGACACCCCCUACUUCCCCUCCGGCUGAGCCGACCCGACUGACCAGCAGGGGGCGGCACUGAGUCUGAUGGACUUGUGGGGCGAGGUGGGGAGGUCUCCUCUUCUCCCGUCCAGCUGAAGUAAAGCGUCAUCUGUACUGUCCCGAACUCGCCCAGACUGGUCUCGACCGGAAUUUUAGACUUCUGCUAAAAAAAAAAGAGAUAACAAUCAGACAUGAACCUGUUACGGAAGCCGUGUUAAUGAUAACGAUGUAAUUUACGGAAGCCGUGUUAAUGAUAACAGUGUAAUUUACGGAAGCCGUGUUAACGAUAACAAUGUAAUUUACGGAAGCCGUGUUAACGAUAACAAUGUAAUUUACGGAAGCCGUGUUAACGAUAACGUUGUAAUUUUUGCAAAGCGGUGAAGUUAUACUCCGUCUGAAGGAACAGUGAUGGUGUAGAAUUAGCUUAAUGUGUUGACUCGUUUUAUUAUGAAAGGUACAUUAAUUUAUUUACGUAUUUGUUGAUUUAUUUAUUGUUUAUUGUACUGUUACCUGGUAGAAACAAUAGUGGGACUCGGAGUCCCAGAUAUCCGCAGUUUACGUCUGCCAUUUUAACCACUGGUUUGUUUAAGACGGACUGAGCUCUCUGUUCUCUUGUUGAAGUUCUGUUCCCUUCUGUUUCUCCCGGUGUUUACAGCCUGUGCGCUUUUUUUUUCUGCUUUGUUUUGAACUUGGUUUCGUUUGGUUUUCUCUCCAAGCCUCAGAGUAGACUAUCAAAGUGCUAAAUGUUUAUAUCUCUGCCUCAGUGGAGCCCCAAUUUGAGCAACGAAUAUCUGAUCUGACAUUUCAACGUUGCUGAUCGUAAAAACCCUGCACAUACAAAAAAAAAGAGAUAAUAAAUAUAUGAAAAUAUAUAAAUACAUAUACAUAUACGAAUAUAUGCUGGAAGCUGGCUGUGUGCGAUUCCCAGAGCUGCGUCUGCUUCCUGGGCGACCCAAAGACAGGCCGGCUCAUGUGCAGGGGGAGCCUCGCCAGAGGCCCACAGCAGCAUCACUCACCCCCAUCAGGCCUGAGUUGGUAUGUUCCAGCACUGCAGUCUUGUGGGCCCUGGAUGCUCUCAUCUCCCAUAGUUUUAAAUCUCGGGGGAGGGUUGGCUGGCUUACUCAUUUACCCACCAACACUAAUGUAAUGACUUCUAUAUCUUAGAGCCUAAUUUGUAUGAAUGGUUUGUAUUGUACAUACUUUAUCCCGAUGGAGCAUCUGUGUAUAAGCCCUAAGCAUACACCUGUCUGUUGACCCCCUGACCUCUGACCUAAUGACCCCAUAACCCCAUCCCACCCGCUCCCCACCCUACCACAUAUAUGCUUGUUCUCGGCUCCUCGGACUAUGAAAAUGAUGUUGCUGAUAUAGAUGUGACCUUGAAAAUCCAUGAAAAACCUGUGAUCUUGUACAGAAGCUGUAAAACUGUCACUAUAAAAACAAGACUCAAUAUCCAUCCUCAGUAUGAGUAUGUUUGCUUUAAUGGGAACGGGGGAGGUGUACAUAAUAAAUAAAAUACCAGAGGUUUUAUCACUGGA